UAUUGAGGUCAUCGUUCUCUUUCACUUUGUACUCCCACCAGCUCUGUCAUAAGAAAUAAGAAAGUACGAGCCGUUACUGUAGCCAGUUUAGUCGCUUGUCUCAUCAUCGAACCACAAUUUCUUACAAUCGUAUAUACCGCAACGUAUGCUAACAAGUUUACCCGCGUUGAAAUUAAUAUUGAAAAUUUGAUAUUGAUAUAAUUUGAAAAAGAAGAACAUUGAACACUUUUCGAUGUUUACCGAAAGCAAUGCAGUGGUUUGUACUACUCUGCUGUGUGUCUAUCGCGAAUUCGCUUAGACUCGCUGCAUAUAUAUCUUCCGGUGGUCUCCAUGGAGAAAUUCGAUUCGAAAGAGGUACAGAAUCUUCAGUACGGAUACGAUAUUCCUUAAAACCAACCUUACAAUAUCCGGAUCAGCAAUGGCUGUGGUCAGUCACGCAGUUCCCGGUUGAUUAUACAAUUAUCGAUGGUAGAUGCGACGAACAACACAUCGGAAAAAGUAUUAUUGAUCUGACGGAAAAAGUUGGACCUCUCGAAUUGCCCACAAAUCAAACCGGUUCGAUAGAAGUCGCGGACUUAUCUUUAACUGGACAAAUGGGUUUGUGGGGGAAGAGUUUAGUACUGAAAGAUAAUUAUUCGCCAAGAACGAUAUGCGCUUCUAUUACGGUUCUUGAAAGAAAUAUCGAGAAAUUUGCUACAGCGCGUUUUUACGGUCCUGUUGCUGGAACAGUUUUGUUUCGAUGGUUAGGCGGUCAAGUGGGUAAUGAUACUGAUACAAUUAUCCAUACAAAUUUAUAUCACGUUCAUAAACAGAAAUUGCAAUCGCUAAAGUACACCGAGCAUCAUUGGAAAAUCUAUGUUACUGAUAUCUUGGAAACUGGCAAAGAUAAAAAUAAUUGUAAUAUACUUCAAAAUGUAUUUGAUCCUAAUAAUUCUGGGGAUGAAAAAUCUAUCGGAGACAUUGACGUACGUUUAGGUAAAGUAAAAGUUGCCAUCGACACAAAAGAAAAAUAUAAAACUUUCUAUAGAGAUCCAGAAUUAUCUUUAUUACCAACGGAUUUACUUGGUCCACAUCGUCACUUGUACCUAGUCAUCUUCCAUCCUGUACACGAGGAUUCCUUUUUGGCUUGUGCAAAAAUAAAUCAUCGUAAAUCAAUACAUACCAAGAUUAUAAUUAAUUCAAAUGGCAUCAAAGGUCAGAUUACGGCGAUUCAAGAAACACCGUUCAAUCCAACAUGGAUCAAUAUUUCAUUAACAACUAUAAAUGAUCUGGAAACUAGAUUACGGUACGCCACUAAAGUGGCAUCUUAUAGAAUCCACGAGUUACCACCAGAAUCGGCGAAAAGUGUUGGAAUUAGUAUUAAUCCAUGUUUAACUACUAAAAAGUUAUUCAAUCCUCUAAAUAUCGAUGAAAAGACUACCCCACCAGCAGGUUUUGGUACUCAGGAUCAGUAUGCUAUUGGCGAUUUAUCUGGAAAGCUUCAAGAUCGAAAGGAAGGAUCAUAUCAUAAUAAUAUUCUACCUGGGAGUGCCAGACUCAAUGGAAUUUAUUGGGAUACAUAUUUACCGCUUUCUGGAAUCCAUAGUAUUGUUCACAGAUCUUUAGUUCUUUACAAAUACAAUGAAACUGAUAACACAGGCAUGAUUCCAUGGGUGUGCGGCACGUUCGCACUUUAUACACCACAUACCGAUUGGCAAAUGCCAAUGUAUACAGCGGAAGUGGUAUUCAGAUAUCCCAUUGUUGGGCGAAUACUUUUUCGACAGCCUAGAGAUGAUCCCGAUAUGGACACUACUAUAAUAAUAGAACAUCUCGUUCAUGCAGAUGGCAAUUUAGUAAAUAAUACUGCAGAUCACAGAUGGAUGAUACAUGACAAUCCACCGGGAAAAGAUUUUUAUAAUUGGACAGGUCGAUGUCUAAGUGCUGGACUACCCUACAAUCCAUACAAACUGGAUUGGAAACCAGAGAGCUCUUGUUUCAUUGCAGAACCUUCGUUAUGUCGCUUGGGUGACUUAACAAGACACGGAAUGCUUGAAAUUGCCGGUAGAAAAGUCAACGCUUCAGAGUUGACACGAAAACUUUUUACAGACACAAUAUUAUCUUUAUCAGGACCUUAUGCAUUAUUUGGCAAAAGUUUAGUUAUCUAUGAUGAUCAUGGUCCAGUUGCGAGGGGAGAUCGAUUGGCCUGUUCCAUUAUUGGCGGUGUCUAUCGACGUAAAGCGGUUGUCAAAGAUUGGUUCGGUAAUGGCGAACAAGUGUCCUUAAGAGGAAAAUUAGAAUUAUUACAACAGACAGAAUAUGAUGUUACUAACGUGGAAGUAUCUCUCGAAGGUCUUAAUGGAAAAAUGAGUGGAUAUCACAUACAUAUGACGCCUGUAGAAUAUGGUUUAGAAUUUCCGUGUGAAGGAACAUCGCUCUAUGGACAUUGGAAUCCAUUAGGUAUUAAUAUAAGUAAUAUACCAACAGCAGAAGAAGGUACAUUGGAUCAAUACGAAAUGGGUGAUUUGAGCGGAAAAUUUGGCACUUUGGAUAACAAAAAGAGAUAUACAACAAUAUAUAAUGACACAAUGCUAUCGUUGUUUGGUCCAAGAAGCAUAUUAGGACAUAGUGUAGUGAUUCAUAAGAAAGAAAAAAAUUUAAGAUGGGCAUGUUCCACUAUAGAGAGAGGAUAUUCUCCAGCCGAUGCCAGUGAGUUACGUGCCAUAGCGUCAUUCCAUCAUCCACAAGGUUUCAUGUACGGUUAUAUAAAAAUGACGCAACUUGUUUAUAAAGAUGGUAGCCAAAGUGAGACGAUAAUUGAAGUAAACUUACGACAUCCUGGAAAACAUGAUCGCAAUAUUACUAAAAAUCACAAUUGGGCAAUAUAUGUAAAUCCUGUGGGUGUGGAUGCUGCGGUGAAAGUGAAGGAUACUCGAUGCGUAGCGGGUGGAUACACGUGGAAUCCUUAUUUUACACAAUUAGCCGAUCCACUAAAUGAUGAUCUUUACAGAGAAGAAUGUGGUCCAGAUUUGCCACUUAGAUGUUAUGUUGGCGAUAUAUCGUCUCGUUUAGGACCAAUUAAUGUUGGAGAAAAGCGACAAAUAUUUACAGAUUCGAAUUUUCCUUUGGGCGGAUCGGUAUCUGCGAUGGGCAAAUCUAUUGUUAUUUUUGAUAAGGAUUUUGGCGGUAACAGAUACGCCUGCGCAAAUAUUGAACCUGAUAAUGAUAUCGUAAAAUACGCAAAUAUUAGGAAACCACCUCGAUUUGUAGUAGCUCAAUUCUUAGAGGAUGUAAGAAAAGUAAUGGGUGUUCCUGAGUGGAUGCUAUCUAUCGAUAACAGAAAAACAAAAAUAUUACAUAAUGGUGCAUGCAUUCAAUUUCUUCUGCAUUUCAAAGGUCCGAUUGCUAAUAAGUUAGAGCAAGAUUUUAGUAGGCUUAUAUCCAUUGGUAAACUCGAAGCUCCUAGUUUAUACAUUCCUGGAUACGUACCAACAAAAAGAAAGAGUACACUAGGACAUCGACAGUGUGGCGUACGCGAUCCGGAUGACAAAAAUUUCAACAGCUAUCGUCUAUCUCGUGCGUCUAUCUCGUUGUUAUCUAAUAUCUUUGUAAUAUUUCUUGUAAUUGUAAGUAGGAUAAUAUAAUCUAAUAUAAUCUAAUAUAAAUCUAAUAAUAAUUUUGU